GGGGAGGCUUUGGCGGCUUUUGGGAGACCAUUAAAACGCUAACUGGGCAAAACAAAAGUGUGAUUAAAGGACUCCGGAACCUAGUGGAUGGCCGGGGACUUGCGGAGUCAAGAAGACACUACAGGAAUCUUUCUCUGAGCCUCUGAAGGGGUCUCAAGAUGUCGCAUCGUAUCGUGGAGUACGUGGAGGAAUGGGAGGAGGAAUACGAGGUGGAAGGGGAAGAAGUAGAAGAGGGAGAGGAAGAAGUGGUGGAGGAGGUGGAAGAGGAGGUGGAGGAGGAGGAAGAAGAAGAGGUGGAGGAAGAGGAAGUUUUGGAUGAGAUGCCAACGACGACACACGUCACUCACGAGCACCACACUCAUCAUCAUCAUCAUCAACAUCAUCAACCUCAUGAACCUCAUCACCCCGAACAUCAGUCGGGCUUGCCCACCAGGAAAGUGGUGAAAAAGGUGAAAGUGGACACGUCCAAGUUCAUGACCCCGUAUCUGGAACACAGCCAGAAGAUGCUGGACCAGUUCAGCUACAACAAAUAUCGGCAGGCCUACGACAAGUCCAGAGGGAAACCUCCCGCCGUCACCACGGACACGCCCGAGAUGAUUCGCAUCCGCAAGGCUCAGGAGCAACUCAGUGAGAUCAAAUACCGCAUGGAGGGCAACAAGUCCAAGACGGGCAGCUUGUACGAUGGCGAGGCACAAGAGAUCGCCCAUGUCAAGCACGUGUCGGACCUCAUCAGCAAGGUCCUCUACCGGCAGAAGUGGGAUGAGAUCAAGGACAAGUACCAUCUGUCUCCAGAUGCCCCAGAACUGGUUUUGGCUGUGAAGAAUGCCGCCAACUACAGCAAAAAAAUGUACACGGAGGACUGGGAUGAGGAGAAGACCAUGUUCUGCCCGUACACCGACAGCCUCGAACUGCGUCGGGUGGCCAAGGCUCAGGAGGCGCUCAGCAACAUCCAGUACAAGAAAGGGCACGAGAAGCGCAUGGCCGAGUUCACCAGCCUGGCCGACCCCCCCGAGGUGGAGCUGGCCAGGAUAGCCUCGGACCAGCGCAGCGAUCUCAAGUACAAGCAGGCGUACAACGAAGACGUGAAGGGUCAAUGGUGCGAGACGCCCUACUUUGACGUGGCCAUGGCCAGGGCAGCCAUGGACAACCUCAGCAAUAGGAAAUACACGCAAAAGCACGAGGACACCAAAGACCAAAUCUACUUCAUGCAAACCGACACGCCCGUCUACGACACCCACAAGAAGGCGGGCGCCUCUGCCAGCGACGUCCAGUACAAGAAGGAGUACGAGGAGACGAAGGCUCAGUCCGACUACAACACACUGCCGGCCACCGAGAACCCGCGACUCAGGCAGCUCCGAUACGCCGGCACCAUCCUCAGUGACAAAGUGUACAAGGACAACUACGAGAAGUCCCGAGGGUCCAGCAUCAACUAUUGCGAUACGCCCAAGUUCCAAAUGGACUCGGUUCUCAAACAGUUUACGGAUAGGCGCUACAAAGAGAAGUACGACAACGAAAUAAAGGGUCACUACCUGGGCAGCUACGAGGAUGUUUACAUGCUCCACUGCCAACAAGUGGAGGAGCUGAAGAACGAGAGACUGUACAAAGCCGACUAUGAAGACAUGAAAACGCAGUGUUUCUUCCCUCAAACCAUCACGGCCGAGUACGAAGCCACCAAGAAGCUGGAUGAUUGCAAGGAUAAAGUUUACCGGCAGCAUCCGGACAAAGUGAAAUUCACGCAAGUGACCGACUCGCCGGUUUUAGUCCAGGCGGCCAUCAACGCCUACCAGCUGAGUGACCUCAACUACAAGGCGCACUACGAAGAGACCAAGCACAAGAACAGCCUGCCUCCGGAUGACCCCUUCUUCAUCCAAUCCCGAGUAAACGCCUUCAACCUGAGCGACAACUGCUACAAAUAUGACUGGGAGAGAACCAAGGCCAAGAGGUUUGAGAUUAAGGAGGACGCGAUCCCCAUCUUGGCCGCCCGGGCUCACACAAACAUCGCCAGCGACGUGAAAUACAAGAAGGAGUACGAGAAGAACAAGGGUCAGAUGGUCGGAGCUCUCAGCAUUCAUGAUGAUCCCAAGAUCCUGCACUCUGUCCACGUGGCCAAAAUCCAGAGUGAUCGAGAAUACAAAAAGGACUACGAAAAGAUCAAGACCAAGUAUCACACGCCUCUAGAUAUGAUGUCCGUCACCCAGGCUAAGAAGUCGCAGGCCGUCAGCACCAUGGCCGGGUACCGCAGCAUCAACCCCAACUUCUUCCUGCCCCAUGACGCCGUGCUGCUGGACCUGGCCAAGAAGGCCAACAUCAUCCAGAGCGACAACGAGUACAAGUCUGACUACAACAACUACACCAAAGGGACCCCAUGGGUGCCGUUUGGCUCUUUGGACGUGGAAAAGGCCAAGUAUGCCGGGGAAAUUCUUAACGAGAAAAAAUACAGACAGCACCCUGACACCAUCCCCUUCACGUCCAUCGACGACCACCCCGUCAUGAUGCAGGCCAAAGUUAACCAGCUCCAGAGGAGCGAUCUGUUCUACAAGCAAGGUCUGGAGGACAUCCACCAGAAGUACACCCUGCCGGUUGACAUUCCCGAGUUCGUCCAGGCCAAAUGCAACGCCUACAACAUCAGCAACAAUUAUUACAAGUACGCCUGGCAGGACAUCAUUGCUAAAGGCUACGACUUGCAGCUCGACGCCAUCCCCAUUGUCGCCGCCAAAGCUGCCAGACACGCUGCCAGUGAUGUGCAGUACAAGAAAGCGUACGAGAAGGAUCGAGGCCACCACGUGGGUUUCCGUAGUCUGCAGGAUGACCCCCUGCUGGUCCACUACAUGGAGGUGGCCAAGAUGCAGAGCGACAAGAACUACAAGAAGGACUACCACAAGAUCAAGCUCAAGUACCACACGCCGGUGGACAUGUUGAGCGUGGCCCACGCCAAGCACGCCUCGGCCGUGCAGACCAACACCGGCUACAAGCAACCCCACCACAAGUACUGCCUCCUACCAGAUGCCAUGAACCUGGAUUGGGCUCGCACCGUGAACUACAACACCAGUGAGCACCAGUACAAACAGGAUUACGAGAACUGCAUCAAGGGAAUCGGUUGGGUUCCGAUCGGCUCCCUGGAGGCGGAGCAGGCAAAGGCGGCUGGGGCGGCUUUGGACGAGAAGAAAUACAGACAGCACCCGGACACCCUCAAGUUCUCCAGCCCACUUGACUCCAUGAACAUGGAGCUGGUCAAGGCCAACACUCAGAUUCUCAACGCGAAAGACUACAAGGCCAGCGGCGAGAAGUUCAUGCAUACCUAUCAUCUUCCUGUUGAUGCUCCUGAACUGGUGCUAGCCAAAUACAACGCUGCCAACAUCAGCAAGAAUUACUACACCAACGCUUACCGUCGAGAUCUGCUCAGAGGACAUCACAUGAAAGAGGAUGCCAUCCCCAUCGUGGCAGCCAAGACCUCCAGAGACAUCGCCAGCAAUUACAAGUACAAACUGGCACACGAGAAGGCAAAGGGUCAACACGUGGGCUUCCGUAGUCUGCAGGACGACCCCCUGCUGGUCCACUACAUGGAGGUGGCCAAGAUGCAGAGCGACAAGAACUACAAGAAGGACUACCACAAGUCCAAGCUCAAGUACCACACGCCGGUGGACAUGAUGAGCGUGGCCCACGCCAAGCACGGCUCGGCCGUGCAGACCAUGAUCGGCUACAGGACAUACCUUCACGACUACUUGAUUCUUCCCGACAACCUGCAACUGCACCGCUGCAAGGACAUGAUGGAGAUGCAGAGCGACAUUGUUUACAAAGCCGACUACACGAACUACUACAAAGGAUCCGGGUGGGUUCCGAUUGGUUCUCUGGAUGUGGAGAAGGCCAAAGCUGCCAAAGCCGCCCUGGACGAGAUCAGCUACCGUCAGCAUCCCAGCACGUUCAAGUUCACCAGCACCAGUGACAGCAUGAACAUGUCCCUGGCUCUGAGCAAUUCCAAACAGCUGGACCCCGCCGCUUACAAAGCUUCUGGCGAGAAGUUCAAGCAUACAUACAACUUGCCGGUCGACUACCCUGAGUUCAUCCAGGCUAAAUUUAACGCUCAUACCCUCAGUGAGAAUCAGUACAAGCAAAAGUGGCUCCAAGAUAUCGCUAAAGGCUACGACUUGAGAUCCGAUGCCAUUCCCAUUCAGCAUGCCAAGCACGGCAGACAUAUUGCCAGCAAUGUGCAAUACAAGAAAGACUUUGAAAAAGGGCGAGGCCACCACGUGGGCUUCCGGAGCCUGCAGGACGACCCCCUGCUGGUCCACUACAUGGAGGUGGCCAAGCACCAGAGCGACAGGAACUACAAGAAGGAUUACCACAAGGCCAAGCUCAAGUACCACACGCCGGUGGACAUGUUGAGCUUGGCCCACGCCAAGCAGGCCUCGGCCGCGCAGACCAUGGCUGGCUACAGGACGAUGCACCAUACCAACACUCUCCUCCCGGACGCCAUGAACUUUGUGCUGGCUCGUACCAUGAACACCCAAGUUAGCGAUUGUGAUUACAAAUCAGACUGGAACAACUACAUCAAAGGUGUCGGCUGGAUCCCGGUUGGCUCGCUGGCGGUAGAGACUGCCAAGGUCGGUGGUGAUAUCCUAAGCGAGAACAAGUACCGCACUCACCCGUCCAACUUCAAGUACAGCAAGCUGAUGGACUCGAUGGACAUCGCCCUGGCCACCGUCAACAACCAGAUCAUGGAUAAGAAAGCUUACACGGCUGCUUGGGAAAAGGACAAACGGACCAUCCACGUCAUGCCGGACUCUCCUGAGAUUGUCCUGGCCAAGGCCAAUGCUCUCACCAUGAGCGAUAAACUUUACAAAUCUGGUGUGGCGGAGAUGGCCAAGAGUGGCUAUCAUCUGAGAGCAGAUGCCAUUCCCAUCGUAGCCGCCAAGUCAGGAACAAAUAUCGCCAGUAACUUUAAGUACAAACUGGAUUACGAGAAGGCGCGAGGCCACCACGUGGGCUUCCGUAGUCUGCAGGACGACCCCCUGCUGGUCCACUACAUGGAGGUAGCCAAGAUGCAGAGUGACAGGAACUACAAGAAGGACUACCACAAGUCUAAGCUCAAGUACCACACCCCGGUGGACAUGUUAAGCUUGGCCCACGCCAAGCAAGCCUCAGCCGCGCAGACCAUGGCUGGCUACAGGAACAUCCUCCAUACCUACUCUCUCCUCCCGGACGCCAUGAACUUUGAGCUGGCUCGUACCAUGAACACUCAGUCUAGUGAUUGCAAUUACAAGUCAGACUGGAACAACUACGUUAAAGGUACGGGCUGGGUCCCCAUCGGCUCGCUUGCGGUAGAAACCGCCAAGGUCGGCGGGGACAUCUUAAACGAGAACAAGUACCGCACUCACCCAUCCAACUUCAAGUACAGCAAACUGAUGGACUCCAUGGACAUGGCUCUGGCCACGUCCAACAAUCAGAUCAUGGAUAAGAAAGCUUACACGGCCGCUUGGGAAAAGGCCAAGCUGGACAUCCACGUCACGCCGGAUGCUCCAGAGAUUGUCCUGGCCAAGGCCAACGCCAUCAACAUGAGCAACAAACUGUACAAAGCUGGCCUUGUGGAAAUGGCCAACAGAGGCCACAAUCUCGGAGCAGACGCCAUCCCAAUUCUGGCCGCCAAGUCUGGUACCAACAUUGCCAGCAAUUACAAGUACAAACUGGAUUACGAGAAGGCGCGAGGCCACCACGUGGGCUUCCGUAGCCUGCGGGACGACCCCCUGCUGGUCCAUUACAUGGAGGUGGCCAAGUUGCAGAGCGACAAGAACUACAAGAAGGAUUACCACAAGUCUAAGCUCAAGUACCACACGCCGGUGGACAUGUUGAGCGUGGCCCACGCCAAGCACGCCUCAUCCGUGCAAACCAUGACUGGAUAUAAGAGGCUUAUCCCUCACUACACCGUCCUACCUGAUGCCAUGAACCUGCAACUGGCCCGGAACAUGCAGUCUAUCGCCAGCGAUAACCAGUACAAGAGUGAGUAUCACAACUACAUCCGAGGAAUCGGUUGGGUUCCCGUCGGCUCACUGGAUAUGGAGAAAGUCAGAACAGCCGGCAACAUCCUAAGGGACCACGGGUACCGCCAGCAUCCCAGCACCUUCAAAUUCACCAAGGACAUGCACUCCAUGGACCUGGCACUGGCCUCCGCCAAUAACCAGAUCAUGGAUAAGCAAUCUUACACCAAAGCCUGGGACCACGCCAAGCGAAACAUUCACAUCAUGCCUGACGCGAUGGACAUUGUUCUGGCUCGGGAAAAUAGGAAAAACUACAGCGAGAAACGGUACAAACUGGACAAUGAGCGUGCCAAGAAGAAGGGUCACAACCUUCGUGCCGAUGCCAUCUCCGUGCAGGCUGCUAAAGCCUCAACUAUUAUCGCAAGUGACUACCUGUACAAGACCGGAUACCGCAAGCAGGUCGGCCACCACAUCGGAGCCCUGAGCAUCCAGGACGACCCUCUCCUCAUGCUGGCCCUGAACUCCGCCAAGAUCGCCAGCGACGCCCUCUAUAAGAAGGACUUCAACCAGUCCAAGACCAGAUUCAACCUGCCAGUGGACAUGCUGUCCUUUGAGCUGGCCAAGAAGAACCAGAUCCAGGUCAACCACACCAACUACAUCACCCGCCUGCACAACUGGACCUGCCUGCCCGACUCCAAUGACGUUCGCCAAGCCAGACAUGCCUACAAUCUUCAGAGCGAUGUGGUCUACAAGGAAGAGCUGAAGGCACUUCAGGGCACUGGUUGGAUCCCCAUUGGUUCGUUGGAUGUGGAGAAGGUGAAGAAAGCCGGUGAGAUCCUGAGUGAACAGAAGUACCGCCAGCACCCGAGCAACUACAAGUUUAAAGUCUCAACCGAGGACAUGCCCAUGGUGCUGGCCAAGGCCAACGCUCAGGUCAUGAACAAGAAAGCGUACAAAGACGCCUGGGAAAAUGCAAAGACCAUGAUCAAUGUCAUGCCUGACGCCAUGGACGUCGUUCUCGCAAAAGCCAACAGUUACAACUACAGCUCGAAACUGUACAAGCAGGCAAAUGAAGACGCCAAGAAGAAGGGUUACGACCUGCGCAAUGAUGCCAUUUCCGUCCGAGCGGCCAAAGCAUCCAGGGACAUCGCCAGCGAUUACCUGUACAAGACCGGAUACCGCAAGCAGGUCGGCCACCACAUCGGGGCCCUCAGCAUCCGCGACGACCCUCUCCUCAUGCUGGCUCUGAACUCCGCCAAAAUCGCCAGCGACUUCCUCUACAAAAAGGACUUCAACAAGUCCAAGACCAGAUUCAACCUGCCUGUGGACAUGCUGGCCUUCGAGCUGGCUAAGAAGAACCAGAUCCAGGUCAACCAUGCCAACUACAUCACCCGUCUGCACGAGUGGACCUGCCUCCCCGACUCCAACGACGUUCGCCAGGCCAGACACGCCUACAACCUGCAGAGUGAUAAUGUUUACAAGGAAGACCUGAAGUUGCAGAAGGGUGUCGGCUGGGUCCCCGUUGGUUCGGUGGAUGUGGAAAAGGUGAAGAAAGCCGGUGAGAUCCUGAGUGAACAGAAGUACCGCCAGCACCCGAGCAACUACAAGUUUAAGGUCUCAACCGAGGAUAUGCCCAUGGUGCUGGCCAAAGCCAACGCCAAGGUCAUGAACAAGAAAGCGUAUGAGGAAGCAUGGCACAACGAGAAGACCAUGAUCCACAUCUUGCCAGACGCGAUGGAUGUGGUCCUUGCAAAAGCCAACAACAUGAACUACAGCUUGAAACUGUAUAAGCAAGCAUAUCAGGAGGCCAAGAAGCAGGGCUACGAACUCGGCAAAGAUGCCAUUUCCAUCCUCGCAGCCAAGGCUUCCAGAGACAUUGCGAGCGAUUACAUGUACAAGACCGGAUACCGCAAGCAGGUCGGCCACCACAUCGGGGCCCUCAGCAUCCGCGACGACCCUCUCCUCAUGCUGGCUCUGAACUCCGCCAAAAUCGCCAGCGACUUCCUCUACAAAAAGGACUUCAACAAGUCCAAGACCAGAUUCAACCUGCCCGUGGACAUGCUGGCCUUCGAGCUGGCAAAGAAGAACCAGAUCCAGGUCAACCACACCAACUACAUCACCCGCCUGCAUAACUGGACCUGCCUGCCCGACUCCAACGACGUUCGCCAAGCCAGACACGCCUACAACCUGCAAAGUGAUAAUGUUUACAAGGAAGACCUGAAGACGCAGCAGGGUGUCGGCUGGAUCCCGAUUGGUUCGUUGAAUGUGGAGACGGUGAAGAAAGCCGGUGAGAUCCUGAGUGAACAGAAGUACCGGCAGCACCCGAGCGACUACAAGUUUAAGCUCUCAACCGAGGACAUGCCCAUGGUGCUGGCCAAGGCCAACGCUCAAGUCAUGAACCAGAAAGCGUACAAAGACGCCUGGGAAAAUGCAAAGACCAUGAUCAAUGUCAUGCCUGACGCCAUGGACGUCGUUCUCGCAAAAGCCAACAGUUACAACUACAGCUCGAAACUCUACAAGCAGGCAAAUGAAGACGCCAAGAAGAAGGGUUACGACCUGCGCAAUGAUGCCAUUUCCGUCCGAGCGGCCAAAGCAUCCAGGGACAUCGCCAGCGAUUACCUGUACAAGACCGGAUACCGCAAGCAGGUCGGCCACCACAUCGGGGCCCUCAGCAUCCGCGACGACCCUCUCCUCAUGCUGGCGCUGAACUCCGCUAAAAUCGCCAGCGACUUCCUCUACAAAAAGGACUUCAACAAGUCCAAGACCAGAUUCAACCUGCCUGUGGACAUGCUGUCCUUUGAGCUGGCCAAGAAGAACCAGAUCCAAGUCAACCACGCCAACUACAUCACCCGCCUGCACAACUGGACCUGCCUGCCCGACUCCAACGACGUUCGCCAAGCCAGACACGCCUACAAUCUGCAGAGCGAUUCCGUCUACAAGGCAGACUUGAAGUGGCUCCAAGGUCUCAGCUGGGCCCCAGCUGGCUCGAUUGAGGUGGAGAAGGCCAAGAAGGCUGCUGAAAUCUUGAGCGAGAGGAAAUACCGCCAACCUGCCAGCAAAAUCCCCUUCAGCAGCCCGAUUAACGCAAUGAACUUUGAACUAGCAAAGAAUAACGCUUUGACAAUGAACAAGCGUCUCUACAUCGAAGCGUGGGAGCGUGAAAAAGCCAACGUGCACAUCAACCCCGACACUCCGGAGAUCUUCCUCUCGCAGCAAAACGCUAUCAACAUGAGCAGGAAACACUACAGGCAAGGUUACGAGGCCGCCAUCAAAAGGGGCUAUUUCCUGCCACCAGAUGCCAUUGCUUUGAAGAGUGCCAAGGCCUCUCGGGAAAUUGUCAGUGAUUACAAAUACAAAACAGGAUACCGGCAACAAGUGGGCCACCACAUUGGCGCUCGCAGCAUCAAAGACGACCCCCUGAUCAUGCUGGCCCUCAACUCGGCCAAGAUCGCCAGUGAUGCCCUCUACAAAAAGGACUUCAACAAGUCCAAAACCCACUUCAAUCUUCCCGUGGACAUGCUGAGUCUCGAACUGGCCAAAAAGUGCCAGAUUCAAGUCAACGACUUCAACUACCGGACUCGCUUACACGAAUGGACGUGCCUGCCCGACUCCAAUGACGUCGUCCAGGCCAGGAAGGCCUACGAUCUGCAGAGUGAUGCUGUGUACAAAGCCGACUUGGAUGAAAUUGUUGGUGUGGGAUGGAUCCCUAUUGGCUCACCGGAAGUGCAGAAAGUCAAGAAUGCCGGCAAAAUUCUUAGCGAUCGCUUUUACAAGCAGAAGCAAGACUCUCUGAAGUUCACCACAGACAUGUCUGCCAUACCCAUGGUCCUUGCCAAAGCAAAUGCUGAGAUCAUGAACAAGAAAUAUUACAUUUCUGCUUGGGAGGCUGAAAAGGCGAAGAACCAUAUCGGCGCUGACCUGCCUGAGAUUCUGCUCUCCAAAUCAAACGCUUACAACCUCAGCCAGAAUGUGUACAAGCAAGCCGUCAAGGAUAUGUUCCGACAGGGCUACGUCAUGAAACCAGACGCAAUUUCCGUCAAAGCGGCCAAACGUGGAAGAGAAAUCAUUAGUGAUUACAAGUACAAGACGGGAUACCGCAAGCAGGUCGGCCACCACGUCGGCGCGCUGAGCAUCCGUGACGAUCCUCUGAUCAUGCUGGCCCUAAACUCGGGCCAGAUUGCGAGCGACAACCUGUACAAGAAGGACUUCAACAAGUCCAAGACCAAAUUCAACCUUCCAGUGGACAUGCUGAACUUGGAACUGGCCAAGAAAUGUCAGAUACAAGUCAACGACUUCAACUACAGAACUCGCCUGCACAACUGGACUUGUCUGCCGGACUCCAACGAUGUGGUCCAGGCCAGGAAGGCGUAUGACCUUCAAAGUGACGCUGUGUACAAAGCAGACAUGCAAUGGAUCAAGGGAUCCGGUUGGGUCCCCAUUGGCUCAGUGCAUGUGGAGAAUGCAAAGAAAGCAUCGGAGAUCUUGAGUGAGAAGCUGUAUCGCCAGCCUGCCAACAACUUCAAAUUCACCACCACGACUGAGGACAUUCCGUUUGCCCUCGCUCUGGCCAACGCCCAAAUCAUGGACAAGAAAGCGUACGUGUCCGCGUGGGAGAACGACAAAAUUAACAUUCACAUCACGCCCGACACACCCGAGAUCAUCUUGGCCAAGCAGAAUAAGCUCAACACCAGUCAGAGACAUUACCAUGAAGGCUACCUGGAAAUCAUUAAAAAUGGCUACUUGCUCCCCAAAGACGCCAUUUCCAUUGUAGCAGCCAAGGCCUCUCGUGACAUCGUCAGUGACUACAAGUACAAGACCGGAUACCGCCGGCAGCGUGGCCACCACGUCGGGGCUCGCAGCGUUGAAGACGACCCUCUGAUCUUGCUGGCCGCCCACGCCGCCAGAAUCGCCAGUGACAACAUCUACAAGAAGGAUUUUGAAAAGACCAAGACCCACUUCAACCUGCCCGUGGACAUGCUGUCCAUCGAACUGGCCAAGAAGUGCCAGCAGCAAGUCAACGAUUUUAACUACCGCACGCACCUGCACCAGUGGACCUGCCUGCCGGAUUCCAACGAUGUAGUCCAGGCCAGGAAGGUCUACGACCUGCAGAGUGAUGCUGUGUACAAAAGUGACCUGGAGUGGCUGAAGGGAUGCGGCUGGUCACCUCACGAAUCGGUGGAUGUCAUCAAAGCCAGGAAAGCACAGAAAAUCCUCGACGAGAGACUUUACCGCGAGCCGCCCAGCACCAUCAAGUUCACCAGCGUGGCAGAAUUGCCUUCAAUCAUCCUGGCCAAGCAAAAUUCAGAUAACCUCAGCGAAUGGAAAUACAAGGAAAUGUGGGAGAAUGAAAAAACGUCCUUCGUCCUUCCGCCGGACACGCCAGCCAUGGAGCUGUCCAAGACAAAUGCGAUCAACAUUAGCAAUAAACUGUACACCUUGGAUUGGGAUGACCAAAAGGCCAAAGGCUACCAGAUCAAGGAGGAUGCCAUCGCUGUACUGAAGGCCAAAGCGUCCAGAGAUAUCAUCAGCGACUACAAGUACAAGGAAGGAUACCGCAAGCAAGUGGGCCACCACAUCGGGGCUCUCAGCGUGAAAGACGACCCGCUGAUCAUGCUGGCCCUCAACUCGGCCAAGAUCGCCAGUGAUGCCCUCUACAAAAAGGACUUCAACAUGUCCAAGACCAGAUUCAACCUGCCCGUGGACAUGCUGAGUCUCGAACUGGCCAAAAAGUGCCAGAUUCAAGUCAACGACUUCAACUACCGGACUCGCUUGCACCAGUGGACGUGCCUGCCUGACUCCAAUGAUGUGGUACAGGCCAGGAAGGUCUACGAUCUCCAGAGUGAUGCUGUGUACAAAGCGGACUUGGAGUGGCUACGCGGAUGCGGUUGGAUUCCGCACGAGUCCGUCGAGGUUUUGAGGGUGAAGAAUGCACAGAAGAUCCUUGCUGAGAGAGGCUACCGGGUCAAGCUGGAUGAGCAGAAAUUUGGUGUUCCGGUCAAUCGAGUCGACUUGACUUGGGCUAAGAAUGCCGCCGACAUCCUCAAUGAGACCAAAUACCGUGAGGCUUGGCAUCGGGACAAGACCAAUUACACGCUGGUGGAGACUCCGACCAUGGUCACGGCCAAAGCGGCAGCUAAGAACGUUCAUCCGAAACUGUAUUCCCAAGAUUGGGAAAAGGCCAAGGCCACUGGGUACUUCAUGCCUGAAAAUGCGGUGUCCAUCAAGCAGUGUAUUAGCAACACUAAAGUCCAAAGCAAACAUAAAUACCUGGAGGGAUACCGCAAGCAGGUGGGCCACCACAUCGGGGCCCUCAGCAUCCAGGACGACCCGCUUCUCAUGCUGGCCCUGAACUCGGCCAAGAUCGCCAGCGAUGCUCUCUACAAGAAAGACUUCAACAAGUCCAAGACCAAAUUCAACCUGCCCGUGGACAUGCUGCAGUUCGAGCUGGCUAAGAAGUGUCAGAAGCAAGUCAACGAUGACCUCUACAGGACCCGCCUGCACCAGUGGACGUGCCUACCUGACCAGAAUGACGUCAUCCAGGCCAGGAAAGCCUACGAUCUUCAGAGUGAUUUUGUGUACAAAGCGGAUAUGGAAUGGAUUCGAGGCUGCGGGUGGGUGGCCCACGAAUCGGUGGACCACGUCAAAGCCAGAAAAGCGCAGGAAAUUCUCAACGAUAGGAUCUACAAGAAGAACGCAAUUGACGGCUUUGGAAAAUUCACCCUGGUGGUGGACCGUCCAGAACUUCUCUUGGCCAAGACCAACGCUGUCAACGUCAGCGACCUGAAGUACAAAGAGACCUUCAAUGCAGAGAGGGGUCAGUACAUCGGUUCCGGUGACACUCCUCAACUGGCCCACAGCAGGGAGAUGUCCAAGAACGUCAGCGAGAAACUCUACAAACUGCAGUGGAACAAAUCCAAGGCUGCUGACUACCAUCUGGACCAGGAGUAUAUUCCACUUGUCAUCGGAAAGAAGAGCAGAGACAUCAGCAGUGAUGUCAAGUACCAUGACUCCCACGAGAAGGCCAGGGGACACUACUUGGCCGGAACCCUGGUGGACUUCCCCGAGGUGAUCCGGUGUGGUGAUCAGGAGAAGAACAAGGGACUGAGGCUUUACCAUCAGAACUACCACCAGACCAAGAUGAAGACCCACAUCCCAUCCGACAUCAUUGCAAACAAGGUGGCCAAGCGUUCCCAGGACAUGCUGAGCGACAUCCUGUACCGCACAUACCUCCACCAGUGGACCUGCCACCCCGAUCAGGAGGAUGCCAUCCGAGCCCGCAAGACAAACGAGAUUCUCAGCGAUGUGUUUUACAAAGAGGACCUGACCUGGAUGAAGGGCAUCGGCUGCUACGUGUGGGACACGCCGGAGAUCAUUCGUGCCAAGAAGGCCUACGACCUGCAGAGUGAACUUCAAUAUAGAGACGAGGCCAAGAAAGAAUUCAACAAUUACUCCAUCGUGACCGACACGCCCGCCUAUGUGACCGCCGUGCUGGGCAACACCUGGGCCAGCGACCUGAACUACCGGGAGGCUUACCAUAAGGGGAAGCACUCGUACACCACCGUUCUUGAUACCUACGACUACGGCAGAUGCCGCAACUUCAAACACAACUUCAGCAACAAAAUCUACACCGACGCUUGGGACAAAUUCAAGGCCAAGGGCUACCAGAUCCCCCACGACUCGCGCUCCAUGCAACACGCCAAGAAUCAGAAGUUUGUCGCGAGCAGCGUGAAGUACAAGGAGGACUAUGAAAAGUUCAAGUCAAUCUACAGCCUGCCCAAGUCUCUCGAGGACGAUCCACGCACCCUCCACUGCCUCAAGGCCGGAAGACUGGUCCUGGACCGCCUGUACAAAGAGGAGUAUGAGAAAGCCAAGGCAAAGAACCACAUCCCGGCAGACAUGCUGGAGAUCAUAACGGCCCAUAAAACCCAGACCAAAGUCAGCGAAAUCAACUACCGCAAAUAUCUGCACGAGUGGAUCUGCCUCCCCGAUAUGCAAAUGUACGUCCAGGCGCGCAAAGUCAACGACCAGCUGAGUGAUAUCUUCUACAAGGAUGACCUGAACUGGCUGAAGGGCAUCGGCUGCUUUGCCUGGGACACUCCGGAAAUCCUGCGCGUCAAGCAUGCCGGCGACAUUCAGAGCAUUAACAAAUACCGAGCCAAAGGUGUGGAGGCGUUCAAGGACUACUCGGUGGUGAUGGAAACCCCGGUUUACACGACGGCCAAGCAAAACAGCGUCAAUCUGAGCGACCUGCGCUAUCGCUCCGACUACCAAACCCACAUCAAGGGAACCAACACUGCUCCUGCCGUUACCGUCGAGGGGGAGAGAGCUCGUCUGGCCCACCGGAUUCAGAGUAACAACUGGUACAAGGAGGCCAACAAGAAGUACAUGCCCACAGGGUACACUCUGCCCCACGACAUGCCUCUCAUCAAGCAGGCGAAAAACAACUCUUUUAUCAGCAGCCUUGUGAAGUACAAGGAGGCCUACGAGAUGACAAAGGCCAAGGCCUACACCAUUCACCCGCAGGGCGUCAACUUCGUCAACUACAGGAAGGCCAACAAGAUCGCUAACGAGCGCCUGUAUCGCGAAGAUUACCACAAGCAGAAGGACAAGAUCCACACCACCUAUGACACCCCCGAAAUCAAACAAGUCAAGAUGAACCAGGAUCACAUCAGCGAAUUGUGGUACAAGGAGAUGUACAACAAAUGUAAAGGCCAGCUGAUCUCCAUGCCCAUGACGCCAGAGCUGAUGCAUUACAACCACGUCAACGACAUCACCAGCGAGCUGAAAUACAAAGAGGAUCUGACAUGGCUGAGGGGAAUCGGCUGUUUCCUGUACAACACCCCGGAGAUGAUCCGCAUCCGCAACCUCAAUAAGUACAGAAUGGACUACCCGGUGGAGGCCAAGAAGAACCUGCCCAACUUCUCUGUGGUUCUUCAGACGCCGGAGUACAAGCGAGUGAGCGAGCUCAAGAGCCACUUGAGCAUGCUCAUCUACAAAGCUCAGAGCAAAGAGGAUAUGGCCAAGGUCUCCACCCCCGCCGACGCCGUGGAACUCAAGAGAGCCAAAUGGGCCCAGCAUCUGACCAAUCAUUACGUGUACACGGACGUCGCCGCCAAACACCGACCGCAUUACACCCUGGAAGUGGAAACCCCGCACAUGGGCCACAGCAGGAAGAUGAAAGUGAUGUCCAGUGAUAACAAGUACAAAGAACAGUAUGAGAAGAUGAAGCACAGGUACACCGCCAUUGGUGACACGCCCCUUCUGAUCCGCUCCAAGAAGGCCUACCUCCAGUCCAGCGAUCUGCGCUACAAAGAGACUUACGAGCUCUCGAAAGGCCACUACCACACCGUCAAGGAUGCCCUGGACAUCGUCUACCACCGCAGAGUCACCAACGACGUCAGCAAUGUGAAGUACAGGGAGAAUUACCUUAGCUCCCGGGGAACAUGGAAGUCCAUCCCGGACCGGCCCGAGUUCUUCUUCAACAGGAUCGUCAACGACAACGUUAGCACGGUCAAGUACAAGGAGGACCUGGACUGGUUGAAGGGAAUCGGCUGCUUCGUGUGGGACACGCCCGAGUUGUUGCGGGCUGAGAAGAACAAGACGCUUUACAGUGACAUCCAAUACAAGACCUUCCUCAAGACGUUCAGAGGAAACUUCACGUACACCUCCGACUCGCCAUUCUUCCACACGGCCAGGCACGCCACCAGCCUCAUCGAUGAAAAACGGUAUAAAUCCAAAGCAAAGGAUCUCCUCAAGAGCGGCUGCAAUGAGCUCCACCGACCCGACAUCCUCACCGCCCUUGUCCAGACUUUUACGGGCAGUAAGUGGCGUUACAGGGAACAAUAUGAGCGCGCCAAGGACAAGUUCACUUCCAUCCUGGACACUCCUGAGUAUGAAACUAGCCAACGCGGCAAGAAGAUUGGCGACAUCGUUUACAAAAUGGAGUACAAUAAGAACAAGGCCAGAGGCUACACGCUACCGUACGACACACCGCACCAAAACCUCAUGAAGAAAGUCAAGGAAAUCACCAGUAACCUGAAGUACAAAGAGCUCUACGAGAGGAACAAGGCCCAGAUCAACAUCGAUCAUGAGGCUCGCUCCAUUCGGGCCGCAAAGGAGGCAUACACCAACAUCACCAACUUGGAUUACAAGAAGAAGUAUGAAGCCACCAAAUUCAGGUGGAUGUGGACCCCAGAGAGGCCCGACUUUCUCAAUGCCGCCAAGAACUCGCUGCAGCAGAGUGACUAUGAGUACAAGUACGACAAGGAGUACUUGAAGGGCUGCGUCAUACCCGUGGUGGACGACAAGCUUACCCUACUCGCACAGAACAACACGCAAAUCACCAGUGAGCUCAAAUACAAAAUGAAGUACGAGAAGGCACGGGGCCACUACCUGCCUGUGGCGGACACCCCUCAGAUCCUCCACUCCAAGGCUGUACACAACCUGUCGUCUGAGAGCAAGUACAAGGCGGCCAGUAAGAAGCAAAUGCAGUCUGGGUCCUUCACCAUCAUGCCUCAGACCCGGGACACGGCUCACAGCAAGGAGAUCAAUAAACUCGUCAGCAAGAAUGUGUACAAGGCCAAGUUUGAGAAGGAGAAAGGCAAGUCGAUAUACAACAACAUGUGCGUACCGCCCGACAUUCAGCACGCCAUGGAUGUUGCCAAGAAACAGAGCAAUCUGGACUACAAGAAGAAUGCCAAAGCCAACCUUCACUACACCACCGCCGUUGUGGAUCGACCUGACAUCAAGAAGGCCACACACACCGCCAAACUCGUCAGCGAUAUCGGCUACCGCAACAAGGCCCGUGAAGAAGCCAGCCGCGGAGGUUCUCUGGUCCACCGGCCCGACAUCGAGCUGGCCACGGAAGUCUGCAAGCUCAACAGCCAGGCCAAGCCUUCCCCCCACGGGAUGGCCUCCUACGACACCCCGCUGAUGCGCCACAUUAAGAAAAUGAGUGCGGUGACGAGUGACCUGAAGUACAAGGAGAAGUUUGACAAGGAAAUGAAGGGAAAGAGACCUCAGUAUGACCUGAAGGAGAGUACGGUUUACAAGACCUACAAGGAUGCCCACACGCUGGCUAGCGAGGUGAAGUACAAACGUGACCUGAAGAAGCUCCACAAGCCUGUAACCGACAUGGCCGAGUCUCUCUCCAUGCAGCACGGCCUGAACACCAGCAGGCUGUCCAGUGACUACUGCUACAAGAGGAAGUUUGAGGAAAGUAGGGGUCACUACCACGUGAUUCCCGACACACCCGAGCAGCUCCAUCACAAGGAGGCUUCGGAACUGCAGAGCAUAGUGAAAUACAAAGAGAAGUAUGAGAAGGAGAGGGGCAGAGCCAUGCUGGACUUUGAGACGCCAACAUACGUGACGGCCAAGGAGGCACAGCAUAUGCAGAGCCAGAAAGACUAUAGGAAGGAUUUUGAGGAGACCAUGAGGGGCAAGAACCUCUCGGGCUUGGAAGUCACGCCCGCCAUGAUACAUGUCAGACAUGCCACCAAAAUAGCCAGUGAGAGAGAGUACAGGAGGGAUCUAGAGGAGGGCGUGAAGGGCAAAGGGCUAACUGUGCUGGAGGAAACUCCCGAGCUUUUGAGGGCAACCAAUGCCACUCAAAUCCUAUCCGAGAGAGAGUACAAGAAGUCGCUGGAGCAGGAGAUUAAGGGCAAGGGAUUGUUGGCAUUGGCCACCGACACCCCGGACUUCAUGCGGGCGAGGAAUGCCACCGACAUCCUCAGUCAGGUCAAGUACAAGCACACAGCCGAGAUGGACCGAGCCAGCUACACCACCGUCAUCGACACUCCGGACAUUAUCCACGCUCAGCAGAUGAAGAACAUCAUCAGCCAGAAAAAGUAUAAAGAAGAGGCGGAGAAGACCAUGUCCCAAUAUGUCCCCGUUCUGGACACUCCCGAGAUGCAGAGAGUCCGUGAGAACCAGAAGAACUUCAGCACUCUUCAGUACCAGACUGACCUAAUACACAUCACAAAGGGCAAAGGGUCUGCUGUAAUCACCCCCGAAAUUCUUCGCGUUAAAGAAAAUACGAAGAAUUUCAGCUUGAUUCAGUACAAAGAGGAUUUAGGAGGAGGAACGGCUUUGCCCAAAACCCCCGAGAUGGAGAGAGUUAAACGAAACCAGAGGAACGUUAGCACGAUACAGUACAAAGAUUCUCUGAGUCAAGGUACAGCUAUACCAGACCUUCCUGAGGUGAAGCGGGUCCGAGAAACCCAGAAGAAUAUCAGCUCGAUACAAUACAAGGAUUCUCUGAGUCAAGGCACAGCUAUACCAGAUCUGCCUGAGGUGAAGCGGGUCCGAGAAACCCAGAAGAAUAUCAGCUCGAUACAGUACAAGGAUUCUCUCAGUCAAGGUACAGCCAUACCAGACCUCCCCGAGGUGAAGCGGGUCCGAGAAACCCAGAAGAAUAUCAGCUCGAUACAGUACAAGGAUUCUCUGAGUCAAGGUACGGCUAUACCAGAUCUUCCUGAGGUGAAGCGGGUCCGAGAAACCCAGAAGAAUAUCAGCUCGGUACAGUACAAGGAUUCUCUCUGUCAAGCCACAGCCAUACCAGACCUCCCGGAGGUGAAGCGGGUCAGAGAAACCCAGAAGCAUAUCAGCUCGCUCCAAUACAAGGAAGACGUGGGACGAGGCAUAUCUGUGUCGGCGACGCCAGAGAUGGAACGCGUUAGACGCAAUCAGCUAAAUAUUAGCACGAUCAAAUACAGGGAUUCCCUGGAUCGCGCAACGGCCAUCCCUGACCUGCCGGAAGUGAAGCGGGUCAAACAGACCCAGAGGAACAUCAGCUCGGUGUUAUAUAAGGACAGUGCGGCCAAGGGAACCCCCGUGGUGUUCACUCCAGAGAUGGAGCGAGUCAAACGGAACCAAGAGAACAUUAGCUCGGUGCUGUAUUCCGACAGCUUCCGCAAGCAGGUCCAGGGCAAGGCCGCCUUUGUUCUGGACACUCCGGAGAUGAGACGUGUCAGGGAGACCCAACGCAUCAUAUCUGGAGUGCGCUACCACGAGGAAUUUGAGAAGACCAAGGGCAGCUUCACGCCCACCAUCACCGACCUGAUCACGGAGCGUGUGAAGAAGAACACCCAAGACUUCAGUGACAUCAGCUACCGUGGCAUCCAGAGGCGCGUGGUCGAGAUGGAAAGGAAGCGUGCCGUCGAUCAUGACCAGGAGACUAUUACUGGUCUGCGAGUGUGGCGUACCAACCCCGGAUCGGUGUUUGACUAUGACCCGGCCGAGGACAACAUCCAGUCCAGGAGUCUGCACCUGAUGUCGGUCCAAGCCCAGCGUCGCAGCAAGGAGCACUCUCGCUCCACAAGUGCCCUGAGUGGCAUGGCUGACGAGAAAUCCGAGAUCUCCCAGGACCCCGACCACCACCUGUCCCUCUACAGCAACGGCUAUGUCACCACCUCCGGAUUUGUCACUUCCUCUAUGGGUUACCAGCAUGCCAAGACGGUGGAGCUGCAGCAGAGGUCCUCGUCCGUGGCUACCCAGCAGACCACAGUCUCCUCCAUCCCCUCGCACCCCUCCACCACCGGGAAAACGGUGCGCGCCAUGUACGACUACCUGGCGGCCGACAGCGACGAGGUUACCUUCAAGGACGGCGACGUCAUCGUCAACGUGCAGUCCAUCGACGAGGGCUGGAUGUACGGAACAGUGCAGCGCACCGGCAAGACCGGCAUGCUGCCUGCCAACUACGUGGAGGCCGUUUAAAUGGCAAAAACCACGUCGAAAACUGUGUGCCAAAUGUUUGUCGCCUGUUUGUUAGUUUGUGUCACCUGUCAAGCCCAAUAACUCUUUUCGAGAUGACCUAGUCAGUGUUGUAUGGAGUGAAUGAAACAAUCGGCUAAGACUACCAUACUUACUAUUCCUUUAAUGUUAGGUAUGUAUCUACAUACAUGUACAUCCUCCACAAUCUAAGCACUCUUGAGAUGUAAGAGAAAAAUCACCAUUGUUUCCCUCCUUUAACUGAACUCUGACCACUAACUUGCCCACUAACUAGUACACGAGUGGUACGAGUAGAACACUACGAGUACAAGUACUAGUCCAGUGUGUGUUUUGGUUUUUGAUGGCAAAGUGUAACCCUUCGCCAGUAGCUAAUAAAGCCAAGUUCAUGCAGUG